GCUCCAUUGUGCAAUCGGAGCCGGGAGGCGGCGGUGGCGGCGGCAGCACCAGCGGCCCCUGGAGCUGGGCGCCUGAGCUGAGCCCCCCGGCCGGCGCAGCGGCCGCGAGGCGGCAUGGAGCUGGCGGGCCGCGGAGGCGGCGGCAGCGGUAGCGGCCGGCAGCCGGCGAGGCACUGAGCUGGGCCCGGAGCUGCAGCCGGGCUCGGGGGCCCCUCGGCCAUUCCGGACGCCCGGCCGGGAGCAGCUUGGAGGGGCUGAGGCCCAGAUCAACCCCACUGAGGUCAACUAUAUUGAAGUCCCAGACCCCCCUGUCCCUCACGAUACUUCACAGCCAAUGAACUCCAUGAACCCAAUGAAACCUGCCCUCCCCCCCACGCCACACGGUGAUGGUUCAUUUGCGUAUGAGUCUGUUCCUUGGCAACAGAGCACCAAUCAGCCAACAGGAUCACUCUCCGUGGUAACCACCGUGUGGGGAGUCAGCAAUACAUCCCAGAGUCAGGUUUUGGGAAGCCCCAUGGGCCCUGGGGGGAACCCCUCUGGUAGUCCCAUGAUGCCUGGCAUGGCAGGCGGCAGUCCUGCUCUGAACUCUCCUCAGUUCUUGGGGCAGCAGGCUUUUCCAGAAGGCGGUGCGAAUAAAAGUUAUAUGCAGCAAGGAAUGUAUGGUCGUGGCAGCUACCCUGGAGGGCCCGGCUUCCCCACCAGCUACACAGGCAGCCCAAGUGGCCCUGGGGGCCUAGGUCUCCCCUCACAUGCCACCCGACCCUCCACUGACUUCACUCAGGCAGCUGCUGCUGCUGCUGUGGCUGCUGCCGCAGCUACUGCCACUGCUACUGCUACUGCCACUGUGGCCGCUCUCCAGGAGAAGCAGAGUCAGGAGCUGAGCCAGUAUGGAGCGAUGGGGGCAGGACAGCCCUUUAACAGCCAGUUUCUGCAACAUGGGGGUCCCAGGGGGCCCAGUGUCCCAGCUGGCAUGAACCCUGCCAGUCUAGGAGGGGUGAUGGGCCCCUCUGGUAUCUCCCCCAUGGGCAUGAACCCAACCCGGGCACCUGGAAUGACUCCCUUGUAUGGAGGGCAGCGACUCCCCCAGCACGGCUACCCAGGGGCCCCCCAGACACAGCAGAUGCCCCGACAAGGAGUCAAGAGAGCCUACUCCAAUGAGGGCUACCCAGCACAGCAGUAUAUGCAAGGUGGCCAGUAUGCUCCCAGCGCUGCCCAAUAUGCACCAAAUACUGCCCAGCCAUCAGCACCCUCCCCCUCAUACCCUGGCCAGAGGAUGCCGAUCCAACAAGCGAUGGGCCAGUACCUGGCCACCUCCAGCUCAGCAGGACCCUAUUUUAAGCAGUCCACGGAGCAGUUCAAUGGGCAGAACACCAACUUCAAUGGAGGGAACUUCAACAGCUACAGCCAGCCCAACAUAAAUGGGCCCACCCGAUCAAUGCCUGGCUAUCCCAGCUCCCCACUGCCUGGGAACCCCACACCCCCUAUGACUCCUGGCAGCAGCAUACCACCGUAUAUGUCUCCCAGUCAAGAAGUCAAGUCUCCAUUCCUGCCUGACAUUAAGCCCAAUAUGAGUUCCCUGCACCCAUCUCCCUCUGGAAAUCCGUGUGAUGAGCUGCGGCUAACAUUCCCGGUCCGAGAUGGGGUGGUCCUGGAGCCCUUCCGUCUACAGCACAACUUGGCCGUCAGCAACCACGUCUUCCAGCUCCGGGACUCGGUCUACAAAACGCUGAUGCUGAGACCUGACCUGGAGCUACAGUUUAAAUGCUAUCAUCAUGAGGAUCGGCAGAUGAAUACCAACUGGCCGGCAUCGGUGCAGGUGAGCGUCAAUGCCACUCCCCUCACCAUCGAGCGAGGAGACAACAAGACGUCCCACAAGCCCCUCUACCUGAAGCACGUGUGCCAACCUGGCAGGAAUACCAUCCAGAUCACUGUCACUGCCUGCUGUUGUUCGCACCUCUUUGUGCUGCAACUGGUGCACCGGCCUUCGGUUCGCUCUGUGCUGCAGGGCCUCAUCAAGAAGCGCUUGCUUCCCGCAGAGCACUGCAUCACCAAAAUAAAGCGGAAUUUUAGCAGUGGCACCAUCCCAGGAACCCCUGGGCCCAAUGGAGAGGAUGGUGUGGAGCAGACCGCUAUCAAAGUGUCCUUGAAAUGUCCCAUCACCUUCCGAAGGAUCCAGCUCCCUGCACGAGGACAUGAUUGCCGCCACAUACAAUGCUUCGACCUAGAAUCCUACCUGCAGCUGAAUUGUGAGAGGGGAACUUGGAGAUGCCCUGUCUGCAAUAAGACUGCAUUGCUGGAAGGCCUGGAGGUGGAUCAAUAUAUGCUGGGGAUCCUUAUUUACAUCCAAAAUUCAGACUAUGAAGAAAUCACCAUUGACCCCACCUGUAGCUGGAAACCAGUGCCCAUCAAGCCUGACCUCCACAUUAAGGAAGAAUCCGAUGGGCCUGUUCUGAAGCGCUGCCGCACCAUGAGCCCUACCCAUAUGGUGAUGCCUAAUGUCAUGGAGAUGAUUGCUGCUUUGGGCCCUGGCUCUUCCCCCUUUGCCCCACUGCAACCUCCCUCAGCCCCUGCCACCAGUGAUUAUCCCAGUCAGAGUUCUAACUUUUCAGGCCCCGGAAACUUCCCUGAUUCUUUUCCCCCCACCACACCCAGCACCCCUACCCUUACUGAAUUCACCCCGGGGCCACCACCAAUCUCGUACCAGUCAGACAUUCCGAGCAGCCUCCUGACUCCAGAAAAGCCUCCGGCUCCUUCCAUCCCUGGACAGAUGGCACCGUCCGGUCACAUGGACCCAUCUCACAAUCCUGGGCAGCAGGGGCUGCACAAUCCCAAUCUCAGUGCCCCUCCAGGGCCACAGCUCCAUCAUCGGAACCCGCCCCCCCAGGCCCGGCCACCCUUGGGGCCAUCGAGUGGGGCAGGUACAAGUGGCGAGUUGGCCUUUAAUUCUGCUGCAGGCAUGAUGGGGCAGCCAGGGAUGCCUGGGACCGGAGAAGGGCCAGAGCCAGCUCUGGAUCUCCUCCCGGAACUGACCAAUCCUGAUGAGCUGCUGUCAUACCUGGGCCCGCCUGACCUCCCCACCAACAGUAAUGAUGACCUGCUGUCCCUCUUCGAGAACAACUGACCCUUGAUUUCAUUUGGAUCCCCCAGCUCAGGCUGGGAUCUACUCGUUGGUCUGAGAACUGCCAUGCCCACUUGUACAUCCACUCCUCAUUGCCCCUCGGUCCUUCCAUACUCACCACUGUUGUCCCUCAUCCAGAGGCAGGGAAACAAAGGAGUUUGAGCUGCCCACACAUCACGACGCUCACCCAAACACAGCCCCCUCUGUCGUCGGUCAGACCUUGCAGCCACAGUGUGGCUGCCCACUUCAGUCCGUCCUUCUUCCUAGUUCUUCUGGCCCCCUUCCCUCAGCUCCCCGGCAGCACUGGGAUUGAGGCUUCCUUUGCCUGGGCCUGCUGUAGUCUUUCCAUCUUCCCCCUGCACAGGCCAUUCCACAGGGUCCUAGCAGGAGCCUUCCCUUUCUCUACCCUGACCGGUAUCAGCCCUCCGUCUGACUCUGGCUUUGAGCCUUCUGUUCUAUCUUCCUCACGAAUGGGGCCGAGCAUGCUCUGUGGUGGUCUGGGCCUGUGGACUCUGGGAGGGCCCUGGGCUUUUUUCUUCCUGGCUUGGUGAUGAAGCCAGUCCUACUAAUUCAUCUUUAGUAGUCAUUACGUAUGUGGACCGAAAGGCUACAGCAAGCCCCGCAACCCUUCAUCGGGGACCGAGGAGCUGUCACGUAGACUGGAUCUCUCCCCACCAGCCUCAUUCUAUCUGGCACCCAUGUUUCCUCUUCCCCACCCCAAGCCCAAGUGCAAGAGGCUGUGUAGGGUGGGGUUGGGGGGGAAGGGAGACGAUUAAUUACAAAGCACAAAAUGUACAUAGUGUAGAAACACUAAAAGCAGGAAAAAAAAAGAAAAAAAAGCUAUUUAAAGGAAAGCGAGUCCCUCUGUUGUACAGCCCCCUUGGUUCCCCUGUUCUUUCCCCCAUUCCCAUAAAUGUGCAUAUUCCCUGACUUUGUAUGAGUGACCAUUCCAUUGGGGAGUAGGGGUCCUAAGCUUCAGCCCUGGCAGGGAAUAUACUUGGUGGGAGGGGGGAAUUGUUAUUCACCAGGAUGUAGAAAUUCUUUGGCUGUGCCCUUCAUCCCCCAUAAUCCCCCCUUCUGCAAAGUAAACGAGUAACAGCCACGUUUUUUUAAAAAACCACCUUCCCUUUACCUGUACCCCUGGGGAGAGAAUCCAAGUGGUCAACUGUCCCUUCUUGGAAAACCAUUGCAUCUGUCUGGCUUAUGGGGCCAGAGCCACGUGUGUGAGCAGUACUGCCCGGGGCCGUUUUGUGUAUCCUGUUUCAGUAUCUAUAUUAAAGGAUUCCCUCUUGGUGGGCCUGGCUGACUCACCUCCUUUGUGCUCUGAGGUGGGGAGAGGGGGCCAGGGAUGCCUGUGCUUUUAUUAUCCCUUCCAGGAGCCAGUGAGAUGUAAGCUAACUGUAAUGUAGUGAGAUGCUACCAACCAGCAAGGGCAGAUCUUUGUUCCUGGUGUUAUAGCAUGGUUCAUAGCCCUAGAUUCUCUAGCAGGUAAACUUAAAAAUAGUCUGGUCUUCUCAAUUCUAAGUGUUAUGGGGCAUAACAAGUAUUAAGCUCCAACUAUAUGCCAGCCACUGUUAGUUACCUGGGAUUCAAAUAUGGAAAGACAGUCCCAAGGAUUCUGAUUUCAAUUCACCAUCAUAUCCCUGCUGGGAGGGAGACACAAGGCUUCACAGAGGCCAAAGCUUUUCCAAUUUCAUCUGCUAGUACCACGCUUCCUAUUCUGUCUGCUCCUACUCCAUUGGCAGGGAAACUAUUCCAGCCUCCUCCCUGGCCAAGGUUCAGUUAUUCCAACCCCCAUGGAAAAUUCCCUUUUCCCCUGGAAUUUUCCAAGUUUGGCUUCAACCUGAGGGUGAUCCUGUGAACCGUGGCCAGGGCAAAAAGGAAAUUUGGACUUUCCCUGUAUGGAGAUUUGCCAUCUUUAGUCCUCCCUUGGGGAUGAGGCUCAGAGGGGCAAGUCCCUCCUUGAUGGAUCUGUUGCCCCAUUAAAUAGUAUUCUUAAAUCUGUUCCCUUGGCAUGGAAUCAUGAUGGAAAAGUCAGGCCACAGAAUGGGUGUACAAGGAAGCUGUUUGAUGGAGCAAUGGGGGGAGAGAGGAGGUACCACCAUGGGGUGAGAAAAGGCGUGACAGGGUGUGUUGUGCAUACUGAGGCAUGGUUGGAGCAAAGAUAUUUCUUCAAAGAACUUGUGAGGACUUGAAGGAACCAAAUCAUUUGUAAUCAGCUGUUUUUCCUACCAGAAGUAAAUUGUAAUGCUUCUCUGAACCAAAGUACAGAUGGUUUAAAGCUAUUAGCCAAACUUAGAUGCCUUUGUUGGGAGAGGACUUCAUGAAAUUCAGUGUUCAGACUACCCAAGCAGCAAAUCCAAGUGUGUUUUUUCCUCCAAUUUUUGAGAUUCUGAACUUAAACACCAAAUAAAAUGUGUCCAUAUAGGUAGCAGAACAGGAAGGAAAAAAGCUUGUAUGUGAAACUACAGAUAUCAAUUGUGUAUAGCUUUUCUAGAUCGAUUGCUCAAAUGUAUUCCCAAUUAUAAAUUCCAGCCUCUGAUUCUCAGUA